CGCGCGCCUCUCCCGCGGCGGAUUCGCCUUAAACUCCCUACAAUCUCCGCAGCCCCGGUUCCUGCUGCGGCCGGUCUCUAAUAGAAGAUGGCAAAGCCCAGCCACAGCAGCUACGUUCUUCAGCAGCUGAACAACCAAAGAGAAUGGGGGUUUCUCUGUGAUUGCUGUAUUGCGAUUGAUGACAUUUACUUUCAAGCGCACAAAGCCGUCUUAGCUGCCUGUAGCUCCUACUUUAGGAUGUUUUUCAUGAGCCACCAGCAUAGCACGGCACAACUGAAUCUCACCAACAUGAAAAUUAGUGCCGAGUGUUUCGAUCUCAUUUUGCAAUUUAUGUACUUAGGGAAAAUAAUGACCGCUCCCUCCAGUUUUGAGCAGUUUAAAGUGGCCAUGAACUACCUACAGCUGUACAAUGUUCCCGACUGCUUGGAAGACAUACAAGAUGCAGAUUGUUCUACGUCAAAGUGUUCGUCCUCCGCACCCAGCAAACAGAACAGCAAGAUGAUAUUUGGAGUAAGAAUGUAUGAAGACACAGUGACGCGGAGCGUGAACGAAGCCAACAGGUGGUGUGCAGAGCCAAGUUCAACGGUAAACACGCCACACAACAGAGAGCCUGAGGAAGAGCCAUUGCAAUUAGGUAAUUUCCCAGAGCCACUGUUCGAUGUGUGUAAAAAAAGUUCAGUGUCCAAAUUAUCUACUCCAAAAGAGCGCGGGUCACGGCGCUUCGGACGGAGCUUUACCUGUGAUAGCUGUGGAUUUGGCUUUAGCUGUGAAAAAUUACUAGACGAGCAUGUGCUAACCUGUACUAACCGCCAUUCAUACCAGAACACAAGAUCUUACCACCGAAAAGUAGAUAGCAGAGAUGGGAAAGACAGUACCAUCAAAGCGGAAUUUGGAGAGAAGGAUUCCUCUAAAAUGUUUUCUGCACAGACGGACAAGUACAGAGGAGACACAAGCCAGGCUGCUGCUGACGAUUCCACUUCCACCACCGGAAGCAGGAAAAGCAGCACAGUGGAAUCGGAAAUAGCCAGUGAAGAAAAAAGUCGAGCUGCUGAGAGGAAAAGAAUCAUCAUCAAGAUGGAGCCGGAAGAUAUCCCUGCAGAUGAACUGAAAGACUUUAACAUUAUUAAGGUUACGGAAAAGGACUGUAACGAAUCCACCGACAAUGAGGAAUUAGAGGAUGAACCAGAAGAGCCCUUUUAUAGAUACUACGUCGAAGAAGAUGUCAGUAUUAAAAAAAGCGGUAGGAAAACGCUCAAGCCUCGGAUGUCGAUAAAUGCCGAGGAAAGAGGUGGCUUAGAGAACCUGAGGCCCCCUAACGACAGCAGCCCAGUCCAGGAGGACACUGAAAAUGCAUCCUGCGAGCUGUGUGGCCUCACGAUAACUGAGGAGGACCUGUCAUCUCAUUACUUGGCCAAACACAUUGAAAAUAUCUGUGCCUGUGGCAAAUGUGGACAGAUACUUGUCAAGGGCAGACAGCUGCAGGAACAUGCCCAGAGAUGUGGAGAACCCCAAGACCUGACAAUGAAUGGGUUAGGAAGCACCGAGGAGAAGAUGGACAUGGAAGAGAAUCCUGAUGAGCAGUCUGAAAUAAGAGAGAUGUUUGUGGAAAUGUUGGAUGAUUUCAGGGACAAUCAUUUCCCGAUAAACAGCCUCCAAAAAAAACAGCUGUUUAAACAUUCGGCGUGUCCCUUUCGAUGUCCAAAUUGUGGCCAGCGCUUUGAGACGGAAAAUCUCGUGGUUGAACAUAUGUCUACCUGCCUCGACCAGGAUAUGUUCAAGAGUGCCAUCAUGGAAGAAAAUGAGAGAGAUCACAGGCGUAAGCAUUUUUGUAAUCUCUGUGGAAAGGGAUUUUACCAGCGGUGCCACUUACGAGAACACUAUACUGUUCAUACUAAGGAAAAACAGUUUGUUUGUCAGACAUGUGGAAAGCAGUUUUUAAGAGAGCGCCAGUUGCGUCUGCACAAUGAUAUGCACAAAGGCAUGGCCAGUGGUGGAAUAGGGCCUUCUAAAGCUCUGGCGAAGUGAGAAAUCUGAAUUUGGAGAGGACAUUGGGAAGAAACAAUCUUCAACAGAUAUGUUUAAGUCCAGACCCAGGAAUAGCAGAUCUGAAGUGGCACCAUCUUUUCUCUCUACCUGACAAACUUCAUCAACCCCCAAAGUUCCAGUUGCAAACAGCCAAGAAAACUCAGUAAAGAUCACUUUGGAUUCACUUUGUUGUGACAAAACUGAUCCAUGGUGGCUCUACUAGGAUUUGUGGGAAAUCUGCUUAAAGAAAAUCACAAAAAAAUUCAUGACACCAAUGGUUAGAGCUAAAAAAAAAAAAGAGACUAUGCUAAUUAUCUUCAUGGGCCGCUUUUAACAUAAAAGGGCUUUCUAGGGAUGCUGUAAAUAUACUAGAUAAUCAAAUAUAUGUAUAAGCAAUAAUUUUAAACAAAACCAUAAUUACAGCUUACAUAUUAUGAAAUGUAGUCAAGAAAUUUUUUUAAAUACACCUGAAAAUCUGUAAAGUGUAAGUAAAAAGAUGUGAGUACAGAGAAAUAAAAAUUUAAGACCGAUAUUUUAACAAAAUAAUCUUGUUAUUAUAACACCCGCCUUCUUCCUUUUUGACUAUAUAUACUUGAUUGUUGAUUUUAAUGAAGUUCACUUUUAAGCCUGUUGACUUGAAGGAAGAGCAGAAGUGGCAUUAUUUCAAUAGAUGUUCAUAAAUUACAGAAAAUCCAUAACAAAGUACAGUAAGACAUUUUGUUCCUGAACUUAGCAACGUAACUUUAAGACAGAAUGAAUUUCUGUUAAAAUGCUUAUUUUCAGUACUAAUAAUUCCAUCCUUCUCAACUUUCACGUGAAAAUUCACCUUAUAUAUCUUAACAAAACUGUCCAUGGAAAGUUGAAAUGCAAGGUCAGAUUUUAACCUGGCUCAAAACACUUAAUAUGUUUUAUCCAAAUGAAUCUUAUAAACAAACUAUUUCCUUACUGUAAAUAAGCUUGUAGAUUUACUUUGCAUAACUGUAUAAUCCAAUUCUUUAUUCUUUCUAUUUUGUUUCUUGUGAAAUAGUAAAACAUACUUUCAGAAAUGCUUAUUUCAUUUUAUGCCUAUUUAAGUGCUUUGAUCAAAGAGAUCUUUGCACAUAGAGAUCUAACUAUAGAAUAGUAUAUGCAAAAGCAAUUUAAGUAAUUUUAAAAGUAGCUAUAAAGCAGACUGAUACAAUGAAUAUUCAUCUAAUAAUUAAGACUAAAAGUCAGGCCAAGGUUUAAUUGCAGUGUUUAGAGAGUAGAAGAAAGUUUAGUGGGAAGAAAGAAAAUGAAUCAAUAUCAAUUCAACAGAGUUAAGAGAAAUAAGAUGAAUACAUUUAGAAAAGUAUUACAUUUAAAAUAACAGUUAAUCUCUGUUGGAAAUAUGAGGCAGCAUGGAACUUCAGAA